GAAGCUGAGGCGAGGGGCUGUACAAGCAUGCCUUUUAUAUUUACUAGUGACUGAGAGGGAGGGAGGCAGGGAGCAGCUGAAGGCAGAGACAACUGGUGUGCACGGCUUUCCCAAGAGGAAAUGAAAAGAAAGAAGCUCAGCGAGGAGAGUGAAUGAGUGAGCGGCAGAGAGAAAGGAGGGAGGGAGGGAGCGCGCCGGCUGGAAGCAGGGAGGAAGGGAGGGAGUUAGACAGAGAGAAAGAGAUUCUCACACCGGCUGCGUCCUAAUCCGAGUCCAUCUCCAAGACGCAGCGGAGCAGAGUGUCAGUGAAGUGAUUCCGAGAGCCAAGGAGAGCCGCAGCAGCUCGUCACACACACAUCCACACUGUCUCCAUCCUCCGCUGUCACAAACACACACUCCUGCAACAGGAUGCGUCCGGCUGCGCGGCCACGGCUUUUGUGAAAGUGAGGGGAUUGACGGUGCCCACCCCCUUCGCGAUUGUCCCGGCCGGCCCCCCCUUUGGCUCACACACACCGUGUCUGUUUGCUGUGUCUAAGCUCGGGGCGCUGCUGCCGCUGCUGCUGCUGGAGGAGUAGGAGGAGGUGUUGGAGGUGGGGUGGGCACUGCCACGGCAGAGCAGGGGGGCACCUAAGAGGAGGAGGAGGAGGAGGAGGAGGAAGAGGAAGACAACAAAGUGGAUCAGAUCAACCGCACGCGGACUGGAAAUGCCCGUCAGGUCUAAGUGUGUCGCAAUCCAAACCAAUCACAGCCUUCAUUAAGGAGCAGGGUCGGGCACUGGACUGGAGCAAGCAUGGCGAGCAUGCCGUUUGUCAGCGAGGGGAAAUGUGUGAGUGUGGAGUGGGAUUUCCUACAAGGACUUCUGGCCAAGCCUCCUACACUACCCUGUCUCCAGAACUUGCGUAAAGAGAAAUCUCGCAAUGCAGCUCGUUCACGGCGGGGAAAGGAGAACUUUGAGUUCUUCGAGCUGGCCAAGAUGCUGCCUUUGCCAGGUGCCAUCACAAGUCAGCUCGACAAAGCUUCUGUCAUCCGGCUGACUAUCAGCUAUCUGCACAUGCGCACCUUUGCAAGCCAAGGAGACCCACCGUGGAGCCCUCUGCUGGAGGGGGACAACAACUGCAACAAAGUGAGACGAUCAUCUCAUUCUCUGGCCACUGAUAUGUUCGAGCAGCACCUUGGGGCUCAUCUCCUGCAGUCUCUAGAUGGCUUUGUUUUCGUGGUCAGUCAAGAAGGACGCUUCCUCUACAUCUCAGAGACAGUUUCCAUCUAUCUGGGGCUCUCACAGGUGGAGCUGACCGGCAGCAGUGUGUUUGACUACAUCCACCCGGCGGACCACGUGGAGAUGGCCGAGCGGCUGGGAAUCAAACCACAUCUGCGGGCUGAGGCUGGCUGCCACACGGCCCCUGACAGCGCUUCCAGCACCGCCUCCACCUCUUCACUUGCCGGUACCCCUGAACCUGCAGGUCCCUCUAGUCCUCAUUUUACUGCUGACGAUCCUCCAGAACGUGGGUUUUUCAUCCGCAUGAAGUCCACACUCACCAAAAGAGGCCUGCAUGUCAAGUCCUCAGGAUACAAGGUAAUCCACGUAACGGGACGAAUACGUUGCCGCCCUGCCCUUGUCCCUGGCUCUACACGCUCUGUCCGUCGUCCAAUGGGGUUGGUUGCUCUCGCCCACACGCUCCCGCCCUCCACGCUUAACGAAGUCCGUAUGGAAAGCAACAUGUUUGUCUUCCGAGUGAACAUGGACCUGCAGGUCACAUAUUGUGAAAACAGAAUCUCAGAGUAUAUGGAUCUGACUCCUGCGGAAGUGGUGGGACAUACAUGCUAUCAUUUUGUACAUGUGGAAGACCUGGAAAAUAUCCGGCAGAGCCAUGAGGACCUGCUGAGAAAAGGCCAAGUGGUGACAGGCUACUAUCGUUGGCUGCAGAGGAGAGGAGGUUACUUGUGGAUCCAGUCCACUGCCACUGUCUCCAUCAAUCACAAAGCCCCCCAUGAGCGCAAUGUCAUCUGGGUGAACUACGUCCUGAGUCGAACUGAGAUGCCUGACACCCCCCUGGAUCUGCUGCAGCUACCUGAGAGCAUAAGAGCAGAGCGACUCCGAGUUAGCUCGUCCCCCACUGAUGGCUCUCCACAGGCCAGAGGUCAAACAUCUGUGAAGAGCUCAGCGGGAAAGAGUGACUCUGAUAGCAAAGGUAGAGAGAAAUUUGCUGCUCCUGCCGUCCAAUCAGAGGACAGGAGGAAGCGCCUGCUGAGGUCUGACCAUGAGGGAGCACCUCCUGAAAGUCGUCGUCGCCUGGAGGAACUUAGACACUCUGAGGAGGCUGUGUCUGCCUCCUCAGACUUAGCAAGUGAAAGCGAGGGGGAUGAGGAGGAAGAACCAGACUGGGACCAGGGGGGAGACAGUGACAGACUGAAGCAGGAAGACAGCGGGGGAGGGGGUAAACAGAGCAGAGGAGGGGACACCCCAACCAGAGGAGACAGAGCAGGCAGGGUGCACAACGGGCGGGCUGUGAUCCAGCAACUAAAGAGUGUGGUGACCCCGUCUACUAUGCCAGGCAGUCCCACCAUCAAAACUGAACAUGAAGUCCUGACCACUGGAGGGCGCUGGGGGUCACACACGCAAACCUCAACCCCUCACACGCACACCUCUCAGCCCCAGCUGUCACAUGCACACACACCGUCUAGUAGCUUAAACGGCGACAGCCCCACCACCCCAAUCCCUGACUCCUCAUCCAGCAGCGAAGCCCCGUCUAAAGGCUUGUUCACCCCUCCCUCUCCAGCCCUGUCCCCCGCCAUGUCCGUGUCCUCCCCUCAGCCCCGUGAGGACAGGGCUGUUUCUGGGGUGGUCAGUCGCAGCGCGUCCGGUGGGGGAACGGGUAAUGGCCCCGACUUCGAACUGCUCCAGAGACUGGCAGGCGGUGCAGCUGGACGGGUCCUCUUUCAUCCCCUUGCUCUCGGCCCACAGGGCCCUCAGAGCCUAUACGCCCCGAGCACUAUCCGCUACGCUCCACCAGAGCUGCCCCCCUCCCACCACCAUGGCACGGGGCACGGCGACGGCCUGCAGCUACGAUCAGACCACCACAAGGGACCCCCACCGACCUUCUUCCCACACUUACAGCGGCUGGCCGGGCUACCACCCUUCAGUGGUUUCUCUCCCUCUGACAGCCCUUUCUCCUCUGGCCUGCCUUUCUGUAUGAAUGGAUUGAGGGGAGCUGCAGGCACCGAGGAAGACUGAACCUCAAUGGGAUGAAGGAGAGGGGAGAAAAUGAAAAAUGCAGUGACAUGACAGACUGAGAGACACUGAAAAGGGCAUGAAGGACAGAAAUGGCAGGGCACUAAGCCUCUAAGGACGUUACUAAUUGGACAAUGAGUUGAAUAACUGCAAUCUGAAAAAUAUGACAUAAGAAAUUUCCUCUGAACUAGUGACAGCAGCCUUCAAAGAAAACAGGACAUGGACACAUUUGACUGGUUGUCCCUAAAGACUCAAAUCUCCGCAACAAUAAUUAACUCCGCUGUCUUUCUCUAGACAACCGCGUUGCUUUCUGUGUCUCUUCCACUUGGAGAAGCCAUACUGUACAUAGCUACAAACGAAACCACGAGGACCCUCAGCUUAAAUCCAUGUCACUUUUACUCCAGAUAACCCAGCGGAACCAGUACAAGGAAGUGGAAAAUGUGUCUAAAGGUUGAAAGAGACUUUUGGAGUACAAAGUUUUUAUCAUUGCAGUAUAAUAAAAAAAGAAAUGUCUUUCACUCGGGAUGAGAGUAUCACUGUAAGUUUUCCCUUAAUAUAGAUAGAGAUGACCUUUUGAUGUUUUCUAUUUGAUCUCUGAAAGAUAUUACAGAAGUGUUCAUCAGUCAGCCAUACUUAAAGCACAGUGUUGGGACAAAACCAUGAUUAAUGUGGUCCCAGACAUUCCAGUAUAUAUCAAAGAGAGGAAAAUGCAUCAGACAGUUGUUAAUUGAAUAUAAGAAGGUAAAUCGUUUGACUAAGUGUUAAUUAUAGUAUAUUCUUUAUGAAGCAGGGGCUGUGUUUGUGUAUGAAAGCCAUAUUUUUUUUUCUUUAUUUUCUUUUUAUUUUAAACAUUAAUACAUUGACAUAGGAUCUUUGAGUCCUAACAGACAAACUAGAAUAGUUUUUUGGAGCAUCUUCCAAGUAUUUUCUUUCUUUUUAUUUUGGGAGGAGUAAACUGAGGAUGUUUCUGGGAGAAAAUGGUACAGGACAGAAUUGUUUUUGUCACCUGGACCUCUUGUGAUUUUUAAUGAGCACUUAUUGAAAAUUGUUCCGGUGUGAACUCAAUGCACUUGGUGACUCGGAUGUUUGAUCCUGUUAAAACAGAAAGCAACAGAAGUGGUCGUUAAUAUUAUAGACUGACCACAGAGCACUGAAGGAGGAGGGUUGGUGGUAUUUGUGUAAAAAAGAAAA